GGCCCUGCAGAUCUACUGGGCGCCUGGUCUCCCCCUGGGUGCUGACUCGUGGUUUUCACCAAGAGCAUCCAACCCUAGAGCAUAGAUUUUCAAUUAAAUGCUGACUGCCCAGGAGGCGUCAUGAGUCAACCGAAGGAAACUGAUCUGGUGCUCCUACAAAGGAGUAACGCACCUGGCAGAGCUGGCCUCCUCCUCCUCCUCCUCCGGCGUUCGCCCUUUUUGCCGUUUCAGCAAGGGCGGAGUCUCAUGGGAGCCACGCCAGCAAAGCAAGAGAGACAAGAUCCGAUCGCGAGGAACGUACAGUCGAGCCUUCCGUCAGAGAUGCCUUGAAGAGACUGGGCAGAGAGAGAAGGAUGCUUUGACAGCCAGAGGGACCAUUCCCAGGCUCCUUUGGCAUUGUUUGCCAUCUGAUGGCCUCCAUAUUCACCCAAUAGGGACAUUUGGAGGCAGAGUCCGGGACCCCAAUCCACGGUGUUUGGCACAUUUUUCUCCUGGAGUCAUGGAGGCUGUUGAUGUCCCUGUGGGGAACCUUAUUGACUUUGACUCUGAGCCUUCUACCACGGACACAUCUGAAUCUGUGCCCACUGCCCCGCUUGCCACCAGUGGCAGUGGGCUGCUGCUGCUGGGUAGCCAGGAGGCGGAUGUGGCUGUGGUCGCUGAGGAGAGCGAUGCCACCGAAUCUGCUGACAGCGAGAAUGACACGACAGACUCACCAACCCAUCAGAGCUGGAGCCACCAGCGCCGUUCCUCCUCGGAGUCCUCCUCAUCCAACCAAAGCACAGAAUCAUCCAAGGAUGAGGCGGUAGCAGAACAGAGGGAGUUCAUUCGGCAAUACGUGGAGAAGCUCUUCGCUGGCGGAGAGGAAUUUGACCAAGAGGAGAAGGCCAAAUUUGGGGAACUCUGCAGUGGGGAGAACACCAAAGGCAGGGAAUGGUUUGCCAGAUACGUGAGUGCUCAGCGCUGCAAUUCCAAGUGUGUCUCAGAGCAGACUUUCUAUCGCCUUGUGCAGUCUUUUGCUGUGGUCCUUUUCGAGUGUCACCAGAUGGAUGACUUUAGCCCUGCCAAGAACCUGAUGACCAUGUGUUUCACCUACUACUAUGUUGGGAAGCCUCAAGCGCUGCCUCCAGAGUCCAAGGAGAAGCCCACCGGCAGCAUUGACUCUUACCUGAAGUCAGCUAAUACCUGGCUGGCAGAAAAGAAAGACAUUGCGGAACGGCUCCUGAAGAACACGUCUGUCAAGACAGAGAACGUGAAAGGAUUUUUUGGAAGCUUUGAAAGCAAGCUAAAAGGACCCGUGGCCAAGAAAAAUAACAAUGGUGACGAGAAACAGAGAGAGAAAAUCCAGAAAUCGGUUUCUCUGUACAGUCCUGAGGAGGCAGAGGAGGAGAAAGCAGGGGAGAAGAUUUACCUGUACAUGCACUUGAAGCAGCAGCCCAUCUGGCACACUCUGCGGUUUUGGAAUGCAGCCUUCUUUGAUGCGGUCCACUGUGAGAGGCGGAAGCGGUCGCCCACCACCAGAGGGAAUGCUGGAGAGGAAGAGGAAACGAGGGAGAAAUGGUGCCACAUGACCCAAGAGGAAAGAGAUGAUAGCCUGCGGUUUAAUGAGAAUAUCACCUUCGGGCAGCUGGGCACUUUCACUCAUAACAUGCUGGCUUUUGGGUUGAACAAGAAGCUUUGUAAUGACUUCUUGAAGAAGCAGGCAGUGAUUGGCAACCUAGAUGAAGAGCAGUACAAGCUCCUGAGUGACCACAUUGAACAAAUGGCCUCGGAGUAGAAUUAACACCUGCCUGCUGCAACGUGGGAUGAGAGAGAGAGAGAGAGAGAGAGAGAGAGAGAAAGAAAGAAAGAAAGAAAGAAAGAAAGAAAGAAAGAA